CAAAGGGUUCCCUUGAAUACUUUCCCCCAUUCCCAGGGAAAGCUUCCUCAUCAGGGGGUGGAGUGUGUUUGCAUCCAUUAAAAGGAUAGCCAAGGAAACAUCAAGAUGAGCAUGACAGACAUCCUCUCCCCUGAGGAUAUCGAAGCAGCUCUGUCCAGCUGCAAAGCUGCUGGCAGCUUUGACUACAAGACUUUCUUCUCCAAGGUUGGCUUAUCUGGCAAGACUCCUGACCAGAUCAAGAAAGUUUUCAGUAUCCUUGACCAGGACAAAAGUGGAUUCAUAGAAGAAGAUGAGCUUCAGAACUUCCUGCAGAACUUUGCCCCCGAUGCCCGAGCUCUGACACCUGAUGAGACCAAGAUUUUUCUCACAGCUGGAGAUUCUGAUGGUGACGGCAAAAUUGGAGUGGAUGAAUUCCAAAGUAUGACGAAGUCAUAAAUGGCAUUAGACCAAAAGGCAACAUAUGGACUGACUUCAGAUUUUCUUCCAGUAAGCACCUCCUUGGCACAUCUUGGUACAUUUUUGUAUUUGUCACAUGCCAUUCUUAAAAUGUCUGUAUGUUGUUAAUUUCACAAAUGCUAUUGUUUUCGAGAUCUUGCAAUGUACAGGUGUUCAGGUCAUGUGGUGUUGUGUCUUAAUAGGGACACAGCCAGCAGUGUGACUAUCACCAGUCACACUGUUGAAGCUGUAGCUGGGAUAAGGGCAAA